ACCCUGGCCCUUCCGAUCAGCUGCAAAGUGCAAACAAAACAUUACAUAAAAUGGGAAAAGCAAAACGAAAAUUUGUUAAAGUGAUUAGGCGGGAAAAUUUCAAGCAGUCCAAAGGACUCUCAUUUUAGGGCUCGAACUUUUCAAAAAAUAGUUGCUGUUUCAUCGUUUCAAUUCAAAAUGAAUACUAUUUCUUUGAAUUUGGAGGAUCCAAUUCGGGACGCAAUUUCAAGGAUCCGAUUCGGUCCACAUUCCAACAACCUGCUCAUUUCUUCUUGGGAUUCUAGUCUUCGAUUGUACGAUGUAGAUAGCUCUAAGCUUCGAAUGGAAGCUCCUGGGAAAGCUUCUCUCCUCGAUUGCUGCUUUGAGAACGAGAGGGUGUGCCUUAGUGCUGCUUCUGAUGGUUCAAUUUACAGAUAUGAUUUGGAUUCAGGAAAUAAAGCCUCAGUGGGAAUUCAUGAUGAUGUAGCAACCUGUGUUGAGUAUUCUCCUACGACAUGUCAAAUAAUUUCUGCUGGUUGGGAUAGAAAGAUAAAUUUUUGGGAUGCUCGUUCAACCCAAUCUCAUGGCUGCUUGAACAGCUUAGCUUCAGAGGUGGAGUCAGUGUCACUAUCUGGGUUCAGUUUGAUGGUUGCUGCUGGCUCCUCAGUUGAUAUAUAUGACCUA